UUUUACGUUCCUUUCUAUUGGAAUCACUUAUCAAAACAUCGCUUGACUCAUUGUCUGAUAUGCAACCAUUCACCCUCAUCUUAGCUGCAGGAGCAGUCAUCUUAUCUUGUGGUCCUCAGUUAUCUGCCACUGCUGCUGCCCCUUACUUACUACGCUAUACCACUCAAGAUGGUGCAUAUAAGCUACUCCCCAUUGAUCAGGGUAUUUGCAAAAUUCUCCCAGAUGAAGCACGUUCUGUUGUCAAUACUACGCCCGGCACUAUAUUAUUUUUUUCUGACCCUGGUUGUCGAGGUCGCCCAUUUCCUGUCGAGUCAGGAAGGUUACAUCAGGGAGCACCACAAUUCUUGUCUGUGCUGAUACCAUAAUAACCUGAUCAUGACAAAAACUUUAUUAAUCUCAAUAAAAAGGGCA